GCACUUUCCAGAAGGCAUUGAUGUCUACUUUGAGAAUGUUGGAGGCAAGACACUCGAUGCUGUACUCCUGAACAUGAGACUCCACGGUCGCAUACCUGUCUGUGGAAUGAUAUCACAGUAUAAUCUUACUGAACAUGAAGGUGUAACAAAUUUGGCACAAAUCAUAUAUAAGAGGGUGCGUUUGCAAGGCUUUAACUUCAUCGAUUGGGUUCACCUAUACCCCAAAUUCUUGGAGUUUCUCCUGCCUAACAUCAGAGAAGGGAAGGUUGUGUAUGUGGAAGACAUAGCUGAGGGUCUUGAGAAUGGUCCUUCAGCUUUGGUUGGCCUUUUUAGUGGCCGCAAUGUUGGAAAACAAGUGCUUGUUGUUUCUCAUGAUAUUUAG